UCUCUUGCUUUCGUAAAUAAACAUUUUAAAAGAAGUAGAGAUAGAAAAUGGAUUUCUGGGAUCAGGAUUACUUCAGAGCUGCCAAGAUAACGACAUCACUGGUUGGACAGUGGCCACUCCAAACCUCGAAGGAGCUCAUUUACCGCCGUGGAGCAAUCUUCAUUCUAGUUCUUCUCCUUUUAAUACCCAGGAUCAGAGCUGUCAUCCUCUACGGUGACGAUCCUGAAGUUGUCCUCAGUGCUACUAGUCCUCUCAUAAUUGAUGCUGUAUUCGUAAUCAAAAUCAUCAUCAAUUCGUGUAAUCUAGAAAGGAUGAAGAAUCUCUUCAAGAAGUUUUACGAAAACUGGAAGAUUUUAUCGAAGGACGAAUUGAAGAUCCUUCAUUUACACACUGCAGAAGGGAAUAAAGUGUCGAUAAUAUAUCUGGGAUGCGUAUUAGGUAGUGCUGGGUUAUUUCUAACUCAGCCAUUGCAACUGGGUCUUUUGGAGAUAAUCAUGAGGACAAAUGAUACAAUUCGGCGAUUUCCCUCGCCAGUCGACUACGGAUCGAUAAAUGUCGAGAAAUAUUACUGGUGGAUUUGUGUAUCGAUAGCAUUCAUUGGUUUAGUGGUUGCACUUGGAAUCGUCGCUUGUGAUUUACUGUUUUUCAUGUACUCUUAUCAUGUCUUUGGAUUAUUCGCAACACUAGGAUACAUAAUCGAUCAUCUACCAGUUGAUGAUGAUAAUGGAUGGAGUGACGAGAUGUACGUCAAACGUUGCAUUCAAUUGCAUUGUCGUGUCAUUGAAUUUGCCAAAGAACUUGAGGGUCUCUACGUGUGGAGCUUUUUUGGUGUCAUUGGGUUCAAUAUGAUUCUAAUCAGUGUAAUUGGUGUGCAGAUUGUAAUCAGCGUGGGUGCAACCGAAAAAAUCGUUCAAUACGGUUCACUCACUAUUUCACCAUUUGGGCAUCUUUUUGUGGAGUGUCUCAUGGGCCAGCGCCUCAUAGACUACAGUCUUGCUACUCAAGUUUAUAUAUCAAAUGCACAAUGGUACAAAAUGUCCGACAAAGCCCAGAAGAUGAUUAAAUUAUUUCUCCUGAGGAGUCAACUCCCGUGCCAAUUAACCGCAGGAAGAUUUCUGGUCAUGAACUUUGAGACUUUUAACAUGAUUAUACGAACUUCAGCCUCAUACUUCACAGUACUCAUGGCUACACAAUAAACUCCACGAAAUUUAUUUAUUUGUAAUCAAGUACCGAA